UUCAGUUCAACACAAAUCGUAGAAGGUUUUGCAUACAUUUUUUAUAUUUCUUUCAAUCUUCAUAACGUUUGUAGGCUUAUGUCAAAAUUUCUGGAAUUCAAUUUAGUAAGAUAAACACACAACGUGGCCAUAAAUUAUAGUUUGUGAAAUCAUCCAACUUAAGGUUGGAAACACUUUGAAGUAAAAAUUACACGUUCGCCGAGGACUCGAUAACCAUGUCCAAAUUCAACUCCAGCUCUGGGAGUCGCCAGUUGAGCACGCGCAGCUCGGAUGUGGAUGCACUGGCUCAGCGGGGCUACAAUGUGGGUCACAAGAUCGGCGAGGGAUCGUAUGCCACGGUUAUAACUGCCGGAUAUUCCGACGAUACCGGAACUGGUGUUAACUUGGCUUGCAAAAUAAUUGACAAGGCUAAGGCGCCCACCGAUUUCGUCAAUAAGUUCUUUCCGCGCGAACUGGAGAUCCUGACCAAGAUCGAUCAUUCCAACAUUAUACAGAUCCACAGCAUUCUGCAGCGUGGCCCCAAGAUUUUCAUCUUUAUGCGCUAUGCGGAGAACGGAGAUUUGUUGUCGCACAUCAAGAAAACGGGUCCCAUCGAAGAGAAGCAGGCGAGGAUCUGGUUCCUGCAGAUGGCCAAGGCGCUGAAGUAUCUGCACAGCCUAGAUAUUGCCCAUCGGGAUCUCAAGUGCGAGAACAUUCUGCUCUCCAAGAGGCUCAACAUCAAGCUGGCCGACUUUGGAUUCGCUCGCUAUUGUCGCGAUGAUAGUGGACGUGAGAUGAAAUCGGAGACGUACUGCGGAUCGGCGGCCUAUGCCGCACCGGAAGUGGUCUGCGGACGACCCUAUGACCCGAAGCUGGCGGAUGCCUGGUCCCUGGGCGUCAUACUAUUCAUCAUGAUGAAUGCCAAGAUGCCGUUCGAUGACAGCAACCUGGCCAAACUGCUGGAGGACCAGCGCAACCGCAAGUUCGCCUUCCGCCGGAAGCUGCAGGAUUCGAUCUCGGCCCAGGCGAAGGCAACGGUUUCGGUGCUCCUGGAGCCGGACGCCAAUGCCCGCUGGAAUCUGCGCGAGAUCAUCAACUGCGCUUGGCUGCGUUCCAUCGAGGAUUCGCCGCCGGCUACACCCUAAAAUGCAAUUACUGGAACACUGGACUUUCAAGUGGUACUGAGGGGCACAUAUGAAGGCCACAGGAACCACCGAUUAUUAAGGGUCGGGGAGGAGAACUCGCAGCGAGCGUAGAUUUCACAGAAAGGUGUAUUUUGACAAGAUAUCACAGAAAUUCACUGGUAUUUUUCAGACAGACAAUGAGAUCUGUCUGAAACUCAAACCUUAUUUAUACAACAACAUCUUUGUAUGGUAUAAAAAUAUAUAUUUGAAUAGUAAAA